CGCUUCAUCAUUCUCUUCCGGUCCAACCUCCAGCUUUCCUCCGACCCUUGCCUCAGCAGUCUCAGUUUAUGCAUACCCCCGUACUCUGUAUUCCAGCUAUACGUCAUAUCGAAACGUAGUCUUUGCUUAGGCUCUAGGAUUGCUAGAGAAGAAACGCUGUCUUUUCACCCGCUGCAACAUCAUGUCAUCAAAACGUCCUCUUUCGCCGCGUUCUCCUUCGCCAUCUUCUCCGAGCUCGACAGUCAAAGCUCUGCGCACCUCGCCACCCCUGUCAGUGCAACGUCAACUGAUCUGCACCCUGCCUCCGACAUGCAAUCCGCCAAUGAAUAAGCCGUGCCACUUGAGCAGCGCUGCCGAACUCGAGAGGCACUAUGCGACAUAUCACGCACAUGUGUGCGAGCAGAGAGGUUGUGGUGCUGUGUUCCCUGAAGAGAGACUUCUAGAGCUACACCAGACGGAAUGCCAUGAUCCCAUUGCGGCUCUGAGAAAAGAGAAAGGAGAGAAAAUUUUUGCCUGCUACCUCCCUAGUUGUCCCCGCCUCUUCUCAACCCCCAAAACGCGCAGACUGCACCUCAUUCAAGCGCACGGUUACCCGAAGGAAUAUUUCUUUGCUGUAACGAACAAGGGUGUUGGAGGGCUUCUUAAGAAAUGGGGCGAGGGCGCCAGCCUUGUGCGAGGCGAGUGGAUGCCACGCGAGCGGAAGAAUGGAGAGAACAUGGAUGAGGCCAGCGAACAUGAAGACGAAGAGCACGCCAGUGACGAGGAAAGCGGUGGUCCUGUGCGCAUACCCGCAGUGAGCACCAAGGAAGGCCAAGCUCCCGGAUUCCGACUCGGUGAUGGGCCUCUGGUCGAAGAAGAAUCGGAUUCUGACCGGGCCUCUCAGUCACAGCCUAGUGGCGCGCCCGCGCCAGAGGUCGACAACCUCACGCAGGCGGUGGAUGCGCUUUCACUCGUGCCUCCGCACGUUCGCUUCGGUCGAGGCACCAAGUCAGGCGGGUUUGCGCACCCACCACGGGCACGUGACCAACACCAACAGCCACGUCGCGGUCAUGCACGGAAGACAAGCACAGAAGGUAUGGAUAUUGAUACGGAGCACACGGUCGAGCGCAGGCACGGCAAGGGGCGAGGCCGAGGCAAGAGCAGAGGGCAUGCUCGCCGGGUUUCGCGCGAUAUCGAAGGAGACUCGUUAGCGAGGGAGACCGAGGACGAUGCGACGGCCGUCGAAGACGCUCAUCCGGUGAAUACGCGCAGGCCGCCCAUGCCGCCGCGCGGGCUCGGGCGUGGACUGGGCGGAGGUGGGGCAUACGGACGAGGUCGCAUUCAUAUCGGUGGUCAGGGUUACGGACGGAGGUACUGAUUCUUGGACGGGAAGAAUACGUCCGGGUGCGCACUGCACACUCGGAUACCCAUUAUUGCACGUCGUUUUCGCUGCUGAGCUUUGCUUUGUCUUAUAUGCCACUUUGAUGAUUCUUGGGGCAAUUAAACGCUGUUCGCAUACCAAUACCCGAGCUGUUUGAUAU